AUGAACGUCCCAACAGUGACAGAGGAGGACUUGCGCGCCUUCCAGCGCAAACACUUCCCCACUGCUCCAGCUCCAGCCAGUUUUGUGCCAGUGCAAGAUGAAGCCGAAGAGUACACCUAUGAGGAAGACUGGGAAUACUAUGAAGAAGACGACGGCCUUGGUUACUACUCAGACGGCGUCAAGCGCACGCUCACAGACGAGCAGAUCGCUAUGUUCAGACACAGCGAGAUCCAAGCCACAUUGAAGGAAAGAAGACGACAGGCUGAGGACGAUGUGAUAGAGGAGGGUACGGGAGCUGUUCCACUCAACGGAACUGGUGAAGCUACUCCCGUCAAUGUUCGUGCGCCAUCUGCUACACCUUCGGACACACCGAACUUCGGGGGAUCACCCCCUCCCACGCCCAAAGCGAAAAGCAAGAAUAAGCGGAGAAACAAGAAACGGAAGCGCAAUACUGAAGACCCAAGCAAUCCCGAGGAAGACGAAGGGAUCACCUAUCGCAGGAUUGCUCGCGAGCUAGACGAACAGAAGAACGUUGCUGUGGAGCUGGACUAUUGA